UUGAAGUGCGUCCUCUUCCGGUGUGCUUUUAUUUUUUUUAAAACCAACGCGCACACGUUGUUUCUUGGGGCGUACAUUUAUUCCAAGAUAAUCGUUUUAAAUUAAAACAAAACAAAAAAUGAGACCGCUAACUGAAGAGGAGACGAAAGCAUUGUUUGAGAAGUUGUCCAAAUAUAUCGGUGAAAACAUCAAGCUCCUUGUCGACAGACCGGACGGCACUUAUUGCUUCAGGCUGCACCAUGAUCGCGUAUAUUACAUGAGUGAGAGGAUCCUAAAACUGUCUACAAACAUUGCCCGGGAUAAAUUAGUGUCCGUGGGCACUUGCUUUGGGAAGUUUACCAAAACAAAGAAGUUCCGGCUUCACAUCACUGCUCUGGAUUUCCUGGCUCCAUAUGCAAAGUUCAAAGUGUGGGUGAGACCUGGAGCAGAGCAGUCUUUCCUCUACGGGAACCACAUCCUAAAAUCCGGUAUGGGGAGGAUCACAGAGAACACGGCGCGGUACCAAGGUGUGGUGGUCUAUUCCAUGGCGGAUGUGCCUCUGGGUUUUGGAGUAGCAGCCAAGACUACGCAGGAGUGCAGACGAGUGGACCCCAUGUCUAUUGUCGUUUUCCACCAGGCUGAUGUGGGAGAGUUCAUAAGGACUGAAGACACUUUAACUUAAAUCCAGAUUCUUUCACAUAGUUGGACCUUCACUUCAUUAGGUUUAGCUGUUUUGUCAACUGCUGCAGUAACUUGCAGGCAUCUGCAAAUUUUUUGAUACCUGACAUUGUUGAAAAUAAAUCCUAAUCAUGUUGGAAAUGCAA